UUUUAUGCAUAUUCGACUAAAAUAAAUUUAUAUUAUUAUGUUAUGGACAGGUUGUUAUUUUAUAUUAAAAAAUAAUCUUAUGCUAAAAUGCCUUUAACACUUCCUAUUCCGUAAUUUAUUUAUUUGUAAUCAGUUUCAUUUUUUAAAAUUUGGCAUUAUUCAGUAGUUUCUACAGUUUAGUUUUUUUAGGUACAUUUCUUUUUUUGCUUUUAUUUACAUGUCAUACAUUAUUGGCCAUAAAUCCAUAUUUCAGAAGAACCUGUAUCUAAUAAAAAUCGAAAUUCUUAUUAUUCUUGGUAUAAUUUCCCGACCAUUAUUUUCGCGAUGUAGUAUGAAUUUAAGUAUUGUCCAUCUAUUUGA